UGGCGUGGCCGGCAUGCGCCGCUGCCUUUCGGUGUUUUGGUCCACGCUCUGGGGUCGGGGGGCAGGCGAACUGUGCGCGUGGCCGGGAUGUUUCCGGCCGCUGGAGCUGUGUAUGAAGAAGAGGAGCAGGCGGAGGAGGACUGCCCCGAAUUGGUCCCCAUUGAGACGAAGCUCAGAGAGGAGGAGGAAAAGUGUGGCCCCGGCGCUAAGAUCCCAGUCACAAUUAUCACCGGGUAUUUAGGUGCUGGGAAGACAACACUUCUGAACUAUAUUUUGACAGAACAACAUAAUAAAAGAGUAGCUGUUAUUUUAAAUGAAUUUGGAGAAGGAAGUGCCGUGGAGAAGUCCUUAGCCGUCAGCCAGGGUGGAGAGCUGUAUGAAGAGUGGCUGGAACUCAGAAAUGGCUGCCUCUGCUGUUCAGUAAAGGACAAUGGCCUUAAAGCUAUUGAGAAUUUGAUGGAGAAGAAGGGGAAAUUUGAUUACAUACUAUUAGAGACCACUGGGUUAGCAGAUCCUGGUGCUGUAGCCUCUAUGUUUUGGGUUGAUGCUGAAUUAGGGGUCGAUAUUUAUCUUGAUGGUAUCAUAACUGUUGUGGAUUCAAAAUAUGGAUUAAAACAUUUAGAAGAAGAAAAACCUGAUGGCCUUAUCAAUGAAGCUUCUAGGCAAGUUGCUUUGGCAGAUAUUAUCAUCAUUAAUAAAACAGACUUGGUUUCAGAAGAGGACUUAAAGAAAUUAAGAACAACCAUUAGAUCAAUAAAUGGACUGGGAAAAAUUUUAGAAACACAAAGAUCAAGAGUUGAUCUGUCUAAUGUAUUAGAUCUUCAUGCCUUCGACAGUCUUUCUGGAAUAAGUUUGCAGAAAAAGCUUCAGCAUGUGCCAACAACACAGCCUCACCUAGAUCAGAGCAUUCUUACGGUGACAUUCGAAGUACCCGGAAAUGCAAAGGAAGAAAGUCUGAAUGUGUUUAUUCAGAAUCUUCUGUGGGAGAAGAAUGUGAGAAACCAGGACGGCGACUGCAUGGAGGUCAUACGGUUAAAGGGGCUGGUGUCGAUCAAAGACAAACUAAAACAGGUGAUUGUCCAAGGCAUCCAUGAGCUCUAUGACCUGGAGGAGACCCCGCUGAGCUGGAGCGAUGACACAGAGAGAACCAAUCGAUUGGUUCUUAUCGGCAGGAAUUUAGAUAAGGAAAUCCUUAAACAACUAUUUAUAGCCACUGUGACUGAAACAGAAAAGCGGUGGACAGCACACUUCAAAGAAGAUCAAGUUCGUCCAUAGACUAGAAGCAGCUCUAAUCAAAGGGACUGGGGUGGUAAAUCGGGAAUAAGUUUCCUACUACUUAUAUUUCAGGCAUCUGUUGUUUGCAUUAUUUCUGCUAUUAAUUCCAGGGUACUUCAGAGUUUAUUUUAUGGAACACGUAAAAUUUAGUAAAUAAGUACUGUAAAACAUUUGACAUUCACACCAUAAAGUAUAAUACCCUC